UAUAUAAUAUACGUGUGUGUGUGUGUGUGUGUGUGUAUAUAUAUAUAUAUAUAUAUACACACAUAUAAAUGUCUUUCAACAGAUUGUCACUAUAGAUGAACAUUUAACACCAGUCUAUAUUAUCAGGAAAAACCCCGCACAAUAACCCUGUAACACCAAACACCCAUAUCACCAGCAUAUUCUAUAUUUUUAUAGUUUAAAUAGUUACUAAACCACUGUACAUUAAGGGCAACAAAAAAAAAACAGAAGUACAUUUCUUGUAUUUGUACACAUUCUUGACCAUUGAAGCUGAAUCUGAUGCAUUGUGAAUAAAGGGAAUAGACUACAUAUCUGUAACAGGAAGUGUAACAAUUUUGUGUUCAAAAUGACCAAUAAGACCACAUUGUAUAAUAGCUGUCACCACAAGGCUAUCUACUGAUGGUCAGCUGAAUAUCCUCUGUUAAAUAAAAACACAUUUGGAUAGACCCUUUCACAUUUUUCAUAGCAAUAAAAGUAAAAGAGGUCAGGUCAAUGUAACAACAUAAAUACACAGAUAUUUGUCUUAAUAUUAAUUUGUAAAUUUGAAAUAGAAGCAAUGUUACACUUGUUUAAAUAGCUGCUACUCCAAACAUGUUGUUCUGUUGUUUGUUAGUGUUUUGUGUCUUUAGCAAAUUCAUAUUUUUUUGUUUUUGUUUUUUUAUUUUUAUUCAUCAGCUCAUCCUGAUAACAGAGUUGACAGCUGAUGGCUGUAUAAAACUUAUUUGUUUGCUAGGAAAAUAUAUUCAGAACCAAAACUUGGCUUUAUAGCUAUCAAAUACGUUAUUUUUAAAGCUUAUUCUUCAAUCUGAUGUUAUUAUUUUCAUGUGCCCAUGAAUUAUUAUUUACUUAUUGUUUAUUUUUGGGUGUUUUAUUCCCUGAUCUGUAAUCUCUCUGCACAUCAUGAAAGCAAGUUGUCAUGCUUUUGAACAAAUUUCAAAAGCUUUGACACAUUCAUGCAAAUGAUUAUGUACAAUUGGCUGCUGUUUCCUACAUUAUCAGCUGCUAAUGUCAUGUUGAUCAAAUGUAUUAUACUGGUUCUCUGUUGAAUAGUUAUGAGCUUUUACAGGUAAUCCAUCGUGUGUAGCUGUUUGUACAGAUUGUUUCAAGAAAUGCACUUACGGUUUUACAAAUGUCAAGGAUGAUUUGAAAUACGUACCUAAAUGACUGAGAAUAAUUGUCACAAUCUGUAGCUCAAAAAUGUUGACAGAAGGAUAAUAUUAUCAAAAUUUAAUAUAUCGGAAAGAAAGGACUGUUCUUAGAAUUGGCAGACAGCUCGUCAUGAAUAUUGUCUGCUGAUUUCACAAUUAAACAAUAUGUUCUUACUGACCCACUGAGACCCAAAUUCAUCAGUUUUUAUGGCAGCUGUCAAAACAAUAAGACAGCACAUAAAUUAAUUACAGCACUUGUAUUUUGGUAUUUUCAUUAAGCAGUAUUAGUAUCAGUAGACAACAUUGUUGGCAGUGGGGAGUUCAUUCCCUCACUUGUAUAAUGCAUUAGUUUGGAAAGAUUCUGCUCAUUGGCAUUAUUCUAUUUAUUGACUAAGAUUUGGGUAACAUUAUUUAUGAUGCAUCAGCUGAAUAUUACUCAGAUAAAUUAAUAAACUGAAAACAAGAAGGCAGAAAAUGAUGCAUGCACAACCAGCCUCCACUACUCAUAACAUCUUUGUAUUAUAAUUUUUAUGCUACCACUGAUUAUUACUGAUUUAGUUUACCUGUAUUUGAUUGAGAGGAACUGUGAGAAUAGAAUCUUACUUAUGGUUUUCCAGAUUGCAAAGGUUUUUGAGCCAGCAGCAACCACUCAAUGAUAACAUUUCUUUAAACGUUGCUUCUUUAAUGUAACCCGUAAGUGCAUUUCUUGAAACAAUCUAUACAAACAGUUACACUCCUCCUCUAUCAGAACCCUUCUGCCAAGGUAAAAACAUCAACCAUCUGUCCUGUGUUAUUUGAUAAUGUUUGAUCUGCCUCCCUGUAGGCUGAUAUAUCAAUACUUGGGAUGUAGUAACUAGGGGCCACUCAAUUAUUUCAUCCACUGCAAGUUCUUAUAUGACUGCAGUAUAAAAAGUCUGUGUGAGGUGCGAUGACCUUUACACUAUUUUUAUGUAUUUCAGUGUUUAUUUUUUUUGGUCAAGGGAAGUUGAAAUUUAUGAAUCAGUUUAUUGCUGAAAUAUCUGUUAUCGUUUCCCCAUAGAUCAGGUCAGAAGAAGCCACUGAUCAAAAAUCAUGAUCUUGUUUUUUUAAUGAGGAGCUUUAUAAUAGUCUUACUGCUGAUUGACAGAGUUUCUACCACAGUUGUGGACUUGAGUCACAUGACUUGGACUCAAGUCAGACUCGAGUGACAUUGAUGACUUUGGACUCGAUUUGACAAAAUCAAAAAAGACCUGCAAUUAAUCUUGGACUUUAACAGCAGUGACUCAGGACUUCACUUGAAACUGAGCCUUUUUUUUGGGGGGGGGGGCAUUUUGCCUUUAAUGGACAGAACAGGUAAGCGUGAAAGGGGGAGAGAGAGGGGGGAUGACAUGCAGCAAAGGGCCACAGGCUGGAUUCAAACCCGGGCCGCUGCAGCAACAGCCUUGUAAACGGGGCGCCUGCUCUACCACUAAGCCACCAACGUCCCAAAACUAAGCCUUUUUAACUUGAAAAUACUUGAUACCUUCCCCAAACCCACAGGAUAAAAGUAGGCCUAAGGUAGGCAUGUAUAUGAUAUAUUUUACAACAUGGACAUUUACAUUUAGAUUAUAGAACAAGGCAGGACAGAAACAUACAAAAUUCAAGCUGUUGUGGUACUGUUUAAUGAUGCUAUAUGCUAUGACAGUGCCACAUCAGCACUACCUUUUUUAUGAUUAGUCUCAGUUGUUUUAAGAAACCUUAUACACAUAUACAUUUUAAAAAGCAUUCAUAGUAUUUGCAAAUUUAAUAUAUUAUUACUUGGUUGUUUAAAUGGCUUUAAAUUUGGUGAAGAGUGCAUUAUGACUUGUUUAGGGCUCAAAACUCACAGUUUAGGACCAGGGGUUGGACUUGGGAUUGGUCAGCCUUGACUCGGGACUUGAACGCAAAGACUUUAGACUUGUUAUUUGCAGAACUACGACUUCGACCAACCUAUGGUUUCUGCCCUGACAAGAAUAAAAUUAUGAUAAAUAUGAAGUAUGGCUUAUAAGUUUGAAUUUAAAUGCAGUUUGAUAUAAUGAUAAUGAUUUUUAAAAGCUUCAUAUAUAUAAACAUAAUGUACUGUGACCACAACCAGCCCUAACCCUAAUGGGAAAUGAAGUUUGAAACAAGUUAUCCUGUCAACACAGGGUGAUGACAGUUUUUUUUUUUUUUUUUAAAUACUCUUCAUUUUGAACUUUUAACAUACAGUGUGAGUAGAAACAAAAUGUGAGCAAAAUCACAUCCAAGUACUGAGAAACCAAUAUUAAAAACUACCAAACAACAAAAGACAACAGAACAAAUCUAACAUAAAUUAAAGUAGAUAUAAAGACAUAAGAGACUAAUGACAAAAGAUUCACUUAAAGAUUUUAAGAUAGUGCAUACAUUUAUUGUUUUGACAGCUUUUUUGUGUCAUGAGAAAUAAAUCACUGACAAGUAUUGUUCUAUUUCCUUCACAAAUACAAAGACUUUAAGUUUUUUGUUUGUAAAUUUACAUUUGUGAAUGUGAAAUUUGGCAAGAAGUAAAAAAAGAUUGAUGAAACGUAGUAAAAUCUUUGUCACAGCAAUCACAACACCCACAUCUAAUAUUUCUAUAGUAAAUGGAGAAUGAUGUCAUAUUUAGUAGUAUCUUUCCACAGCACACAUGUGAAAAUACAAAACCAAAAUAAAUGGGAGCAAUUUCAGGAUUUUGUCCAUAAAAAUGUACGUCUAUGUCAACUUUAACUUUUCAAAGAAAUGUUUCACUGGGUGGAAUCUAUGUCCUGUCACUACAGGUAACAGACUAUCACACGGGUCACAAAUGACGACGUAACACCACCCAAACCUGGCAACCAGAGCCCUUGAAGCACUGGUGCUGGCAACCCACGGAGCUUCCUCAGCCAAUCAGAAGUCAGCUGGAGUUGACGCGUGCUUAGCUGCUGCUCAGCACACCGCCCGCUAAACCAGGCGAGAUUCCGCAGUGACCAUCAAGUGAACUUAACCGCCUAAAAAGUUUGUAUUUUCCAUGAAAGAUAUUCCAGUAUUUGUCGACAUUGCAGAGGUCCAUGUGAGAGAUGGGAAGAGAGAAGGACGUUAAAGGAGAAGUGAAGGCCAAGCACAAAGCAAUGAAGCUGAAAAGGCUAAGUGACAAUGAAAGCGCUGGUGCCUGGGGAGACACGAUCAAGAACAAUGCCAAGUUAACUAAAUCCACAGAGAAAACCGAUAAUGAAAAAUCUCAUAAGAAGGUCAAGAUACCUAAGACUGAUACUCUGGAGUCACCCAGCAGUCCCAGAGAGUCAGUCAAACAGGAGCCAGAGGAUGAUGACUUUACUGCCAAGAAGAAAGGGGUGAAACGGAAAAGAGUUAAGGAUGAGCCCAUGGAAGGCCCUUCACACUCCACUGCUACACCUACCUCAAAGAGGAAAAAUAAGCGACACAAGCAGGAAGAAGAAAGUGACGUGGAAAUUCAGAUUAAGAAGUCAAAGAAGAGAACUGAAAAGGCGGUAAAGAAAGAGGAAGGAGAGCAUCCAGUCUCUAAAAAACCAAAGAGGACAAAGGAGGAGAUUGACGAGGCAAGACAGCUGAAGAUCAAAAAGAAGGAGGAGGAGGAGCAGAAUCGCUGGAGAUGGUGGGAGGAAGAGAAGUAUGAAGAUGGGGUGAAAUGGAAGUUCCUUGAACACAAUGGACCCUACUUCCCUCCUGAGUACCAGCCUCUGCCAGACGACGUUCACUUCUACUAUGCUGGUAAGGAGGUGAAACUGAGCCUGGCAGCCGAGGAGGUGGCGUUUUUCUUUGGCCAGAUGUUGGACCACGAGUACACCACCAAGAAGGUGUUCCGGGAGAACUUCUUUAAAGACUGGAGGAAGGAAAUGACCCAUGAUGAGAGGUCACUGAUUAAAGAUCUUGACAAGUGUGACUUUGGAGAGAUCCACGCCAUGCACAAAGCAAAGGUGGAGGCCAGGAAAAACAUGACCAAGGAGGAGAAACUGGUUUUGAAAGAGGCCAACCAGAAGAUAGUGGACGAGUACGGCUACUGUCUGCUGGACCACCACAAAGAACGCAUCGGCAACUUCAAGAUUGAACCUCCAGGGCUGUUCCGGGGGAGAGGCGAGCAUCCCAAACAGGGCAUGCUAAAGAAAAGGAUCCAACCAGAGGACGUCAUCAUCAACUGCAGCAAAGAAGUCCGUAUCCCUGUGCCGCCUACUGGUCACCGCUGGAAGGAGGUUCGACACGACAACACUGUGACAUGGCUGGCCAGCUGGACUGAGAACAUCCAGGGCAGCAUUAAAUACAUCAUGCUCAAUGCCAACUCAAAACUCAAGGGAGAGAAGGACUGGGAGAAAUACGAGGUUGCUCGGAAACUGAAGUCAUGCGUGGACGACAUCCGCAACCAGUACAUGCAGGAUCUGAAAUCUAAACAGAUGGGCACGCGACAAAGAGCUGUGGCCCUCUACUUCAUAGACAAGCUGGCACUGAGAGCUGGUAAUGAGAAGGAGGAGGGAGAGACUGCCGACACAGUUGGUUGCUGUUCACUACGCGUGGAGCAUAUCACACUCCACGAGCAGCUGGAAGGCAACGAGUGUGUGGUGGAAUUCGACUUCCUGGGUAAAGACUCUAUUCGCUACUACAACAAGGUCCCUGUCAUCAGAAAGGUUUUUAAGAAUCUUAAAUUGUUCCUGGAAAACAAACAACCUGGAGAUGACCUCUUUGACCGCCUUAAUACAGCAAUGCUGAACAAGCAUCUGAGUUCUCUAAUGACUGGUCUGACUGCGAAGGUCUUCAGGACGUAUAACGCUUCCAUCACUUUACAGCAGCAGCUCAAAGAGCUCACAAACAAGUCCGACAAUGCAGCUGAGAAACUGCUCUCCUACAACCGUGCUAACAGAGCAGUUGCCAUUCUGUGUAACCACCAGCGGGCGCCGCCAAAGACCUUUGAUCAGUCCAUGGCUAACCUUCAGGCCAAGAUUGAUGCUCAGAAGGAAAAGCUGGCCCUAGCAAAGACGGAGCUGAAACAGGCAAAGAAGGAGGCCAAGACCAAAGGCAGCGCAGACCCCAAGCUGCAGACGCUGGUGGAGCGUAAGAAGACAGCAGUGAAGCGCUGUGAGGAGCAGCUGCUGAAGUUGGAGGUCCAGGCGACUGACAGAGAAGAAAACAAACAGAUUGCACUGGGUACCUCAAAGCUCAACUACCUGGACCCACGCAUUAGUGUGGCUUGGUGUAAAAACGUGGAGGUACCUGUAGAAAAAAUCUACAAUAAGAGCCAAAGGGACAAGUUCGCCUGGGCCAUCGACAUGACAGAGGCAGACUUUGAGUUCUAACUUUAAACUUCUGAAACUCCAGUCUUGUUAGCCGAU